AGAGGGUUGUGUUGAGAAUCUAGUUCUUAUAGUCAUUGUGUAUUUCUCAGUGGUUGAAGUAAGAUGCGGCGUCUAUCAGCCUUGGUUUGUCUUCUAGUCACGUUAAUCGUAGCCAGUGCUGAAAAGGCACCGAGAGCACGGUUGAACGAUGGAAAUAUGAUACCAAUUUUAGCAUUGGGCACAUUUGGAUCAGAUGAAGACCGUGCAAAGUUACGACAAACAGUAAAUGACGCGGUCGAAGCCGGUUACAGGCAUAUCGACACUGCUGCGCUUUAUAAGAACGAGGAACAAAUUGGCGAAGGCAUACGAGAUGUCAUUCAAAAAGGCCUCGUGAAGAGAGAAGACUUGUUCAUCACUACAAAGCUGUGGAAUGACAGACAUGCAUGCGAGCAAGUGGUGCCGGCACUCAACGAGUCCCUCAGUAAACUCGGCUUGGACUACGUAGAUCUGUACCUUAUUCACAGUCCUGGAUCACAAAGGGCCGAUGGAACUUAUGAUUAUAUUGAUUAUUUAGAAACAUGGAUCGGUAUGCAGGAAGCCAAGAAACUUGGCCUGGCCAAGUCCAUAGGCGUGUCCAACUUCAACAGUGUACAAAUCAAGCGCAUUAUUGACAAUUGUGAAAUAGUGCCAGCUGUUAAUCAGAUCGAGGUGCAUCCAGCUCUGACGCAGGAAAAGCUGAUCCCCUUCUGUCAUAAUUGGGGCAUAAACGUGAUGGCGUACAGCCCGUUCGGUUUCCUCGUAUCAAGGGACGUCACUGAUGCUCCACCUCCCAGAAUUGAUGAUCCUAUCCUUGAGAAUAUUGCUAGGAAAUACGGAAAGAGUACUAGUCAAGUAGUGCUUAGAUAUUUGAUUGACAGAGGAACAAUUCCGGUACCAAAGUCGACUAACAAGGAGCGUCUGAAAAAGAACAUAGACGUAUUUGACUUUCAACUUACUCCCGACGAGAUAAACACCAUAAACAAAUUUAAUAAGAACAGAAGAGUAUUCGACACCAGCUAUUGGAAGGAUCAUCCCCAUUACCCUUUCAAUAUAGAUUAAUGUAAUUGAUUAUUAUAAACAAAUAAAACAUAUCCAAAAGUUUU